AUGACUUUGCUGCUGCAAAGGACCAAAACACCAGGACCACAACUCUGCGUUUGCUUCGCUGUAAGCCCCAAAGUCAAGGUCUUCCGGUCUCCCAGUGGCACUUUCUGCCCCAAGGCACGAGGACUUUCCCCGCAGCAUGUGCGAGCAAGCUCCCUGUGUGUUCGCUGCGCGGCCACGCUUUUCCUGCCCCCAAAGAAUGCACUGCAUGUUGAAUGCAACUCCGAAUCAGAAAGCAAAUCAAGUUCCAACAAAUCCAUGGUAUUCUGCAGCAUGCCUACUCCAGUUGUACAUUGUACUGUCUGUCAGCUGCCGGAAUUGCGCAAGCAUUCUGAGUAA